GCAGCAGCGGGUGGUAGUGCAGUGGCAAGCGGGGAGAGCGCGAGGUGACACUACAACUAGGAAGUGCUCAGGGAACAGGCACAACAAGACUCGUGGGAAAGAAUGAUCUUAGUGCGGUACGGUAGCUCGUUAAGGAAGUGUCUCCAGGGAAAAAUGAAGUGAUCUGUAAAGAAAAUUGGGUGCAUCAGGAAUAAGGUGUGUUUACCUCCAUUUAAUUAAUAUAUGAAUACAAUUUUAAACUUCAUGAAGAUUGAGGUCGCGUCAGUGGCGAAAUAAAGUGUGUAUGAACUGUACAUUCUCGACUCACGGCUCGUCCUCCACCCAUCACUCUUGGUCCCGACAAACCCCGGAUGUUACAGAUGAAGAGAGUAUAAUAGAGAUGUAUUGUUACCGAGUGUGCCCCUCCCCCGCCCAUAACCCGUUAAAGCUGACGCAUGGCAAUAGCAUACAUUCCAACACACAGAAAAGUUUGUAGAAAAUAAUGUAUUGGAAGAACUAUCUACAAGGAAGUUCAAAUGAAAUGAACCAGAGUUGGAAUUAGUGACAAAAAGUUUCCUGAGAACAUCUGUUGAGAAAGCAGAGUGUGGGGGCGAGUACACAGUGACGAAUGUGGUUCUGGGUGUUUUCCUCCUGGUAAACUAGCACAUAUACACAUCAUCCUCUCCCUGUGGUAACCAUCUGGCUGGUGGCGUCUGAGUCCCACUUAAUUUAUAAACUGGAGGAAGACAGCACACACUGGCAUCCCCUCUUCAUGCCUGUGUGUGCCUGGCCGUGUGUGAGGACUGUUGGCCGGGGGAACUAAUCCGACCAACACCCUAAAGGAACACUAGUAUACCAGGUGUUGGUGAGAAGCAACAGGAUGCGGGUGUGGUGGCUCGUGGUAGUGGCGGCCACGGUGCAAAGGAGCCAGCAAGGUUUUCUGGGAGAGAUUAUCUCUGGCCUGCGCGACCUGCCCGUCAUCGGUAACGUUCUGCGGGCGGCUGUUCACCCCAUCUACAGGCCGCUUGUCAGACAAUUUCAGCCAGGAAUUACCAGCAGGGAGGGGGAGGACGAACUCUGUUACGAGGACCUGGGUUGUCUCCUCACCCACGACGACUUCUUCCACCCCAUCCACCGCCCACUCAACCUUCCACCCAACACACGGGAGGAGAUCUAUGUUUUAUUUACCGUCCACUCCAGGAAGGAUAGUCUGGGGACCCAAGUGGAGGGCAUCAACCUGACCAGAGUCCUCACCAACACCACCUUCACACCGACGAGGAAGACCAAGAUCAUUAUACACGGGUUCUUGGAGACGAACACCGAGACGUGGAUGUUGGACAUGGUUCGCACCCUGCUGGUCUACGACGACUACAACGUGGUGACGGUGGACUGGUCUGGCGGGUCUCAGGCUCUCUACUCCCAGGCCACCGCUAACACUCGAGUGGUUGGCCUCGAGGUUGCCCACUUCAUCAACUGGCUCAAAGACAACGCUCUUCUCGACCCCAAGGAUGUACAUAUCAUUGGUCACUCUCUUGGCUCACACACUGCAGGGUACGCCGGAGAGCGGGUGUCCGGGCUGGGCAGGAUCACCGGGCUGGACCCCGCCGAGCCCUUCUUCCAGCACAUGCCACCCAGCGUCCGCCUCGACCCCUCCGACGCCGUGUUUGUUGACGUCAUCCACAGUGACGCAGAUUCCAUCCUCAACCUGGGCACGGGUUAUGGGCUAAGGCAGCCGGUCGGUCACCUGGACUUCUACCCCAACGACGGCAGGAACCAGCCUGGCUGCGACUCCCUCACCCGCGUCCCCAUGACGGCCCUCACAGACGGUCUCAGCCUUUACGAGGGCCUGGACGCCGCGCAGAAGGAGCUGGUCGCCUGCAACCACUUCAGGGCACCCAAGCUCUUCACCGACUCUAUCCUCUCCCCCUGCCCGUACACCGCCUUCCAGUGUCCCUCCUACAAACACUAUGUGAACGGGAAGUGUGUGAGCUGUGGGGAGGACGGGCGCGGCUGUGCUCGUCUGGGUCUUCACGCUGACAAGUGGCCGGGCAGUAACCAGAACAAGAGUCUAGUGAGCCUCUACCUCACCACCACCGCCGGACCUCACUACUGCUUGUAUCACUAUCUGCUGAAGCUGGAUCUUGCUGACCCUGGAGGAGUGGUGGGAAACCUUCGUGGUAAUCUGAAAGUUUCCUUUUUUGCUGAUGACGGAAGCCUCCGAGACUUUAAUCUUACACCAGAGAGGGCCAGAACCUUCGCCCGGGGCAGGUCUUAUGUUUUCUUCAUUGGUCACCACGAAAAUCUGAGCAGUGCUAGAGAGGCCCUCGUCCAGUGGACUUAUGAAGCUGAUAUGUUCAACCCGCUGAGUUACUGCGUCCUCUUCUGCGACACCAGUCUGCGUCUGGCCAAGCUCACCUUCACCAGCGUCGACCAUGUGGAUAACGGAGGAGCCAACGAGAUAGAACGAGAGUCCAGCGAAACAACAGAAGAGUCCAGGGAGGUAGUGAUGUGUCACCAGCAGGGUCUGGACAUGGUGAGGAUCAAGAGCGAGGCGACGGUGAAGGUGGUGUCGUCGGCCUCCUGCUUCAACGUCACCAGAGCCAACAUCACCAGAGCCGCAGCCACGAAACAGAACAAUCACACCUUAGACCUGCUGAACGCUGGCCUCGCCUCCCUCUCUUCACUCUUCAAAGACAUGAAUUUAAUAGCAAGAUAAAACUUCAACAUAACCCACGUGAAUCUUGGACUAAAUACCGAGUAAACAAGAGAGAAAACACGAGGACAAACUCACAUGUUUUAUGCUUCUCCUCCAUCAUCAUCAUCAUCAUCACUUUUCUUCUCUUCUUUAUUGAGGUGUGAAAGUUAGUUCAGCAGCUUUAUUGGCAAGACUGGGGUACAAUUUAAACCAAAAUCUGAAAAGUUUAAUGAGUUCUUGUCACCGAGGGUUUUAUUACCGACACGUAAGACCGAGGUUUAUACACAAGAAGAGAUAAUAGAAUUGGUAAUAUUCAUUAGUCACAGAGUUUACAUGCCGAGUGUUCCUGUAACUUCGCUUAAUUCUGGCCACGACUACGUCACAUUGUCUGGUUCUGUCCUUGUGCUGGCCACACCGCUAACUCUUGUCACAAAUUUUUUCAUAUUUACUAAUGUUACAACGGUCAGGUUCCUGCAGGCCAUUUCUUAUUGGUCAGAGUUCACGAUAUUUACUUGAAUGCUUUUAAGUACAGCAUUUAUAGUCCAAGAUCACGGUAUAUUGUCUUUGUUACUGCGUCAUUGGCCAAUCGAUCAACAAGGUCAAGCUGGCCAAUUUUAACAUGGGACAGAGUUCAUACAGGAUCACUACAAAGGUUACCCUCCUUAGCAAUUAUCACAUACCUUUUAAUAUCACAUAUCACUUAAAAUAUUAAGGCUGAUAUGCCGUUCAUCGAUUGCAAAACAGUCACAGAAAAUCACAUCACCUCCAUUUUCUUUCAGGCAAGUCAGUGGCUAGGUAGACUCACAUUAAUUCACUCUGGGGUUGUGCUGGCCUAGUUGUUCAGUCUUCACGUUUGAUAUUAUUGAUUCUUUCUAUUUACAAACUGCACAUACACAAUCUAAUCUACCCGCAUCUGACUGCAGACAACCAUCCGUAAAAGCAGAACAUUCACAUAAUACCCUGAUGAUGAUAAUAAGUAUUUAAAAGUUUGCUUACCUCGAACAGGUGUGUAAUGAUUAAGAACUGGUAUAUCUAGCUUGGGCGAAAGCUGGUAAUGGGUAGAGUUUCGUCACUAUUUGUCCAACCCGGAAUGAAAAUGAACUUUCCAGGCAAGUGUGUAAGACCAGUUUACAAAAACAACUGUACUCAGGGAUUAAAAUCUCUAUGAACUGCCAUUUAAAUAACAGCGAAAUCAUGUAACCCGAAUCUUUUUUUACAUUAUAUAAAAAUUGAAUACUACUAAAUUAUUUGUAAGUUUAAACUGUACUCUGGACGAAAGGUCUGUCCGUUGAGCACCCUGAUCUUCAACUGUUUCUACGUCAUCAGUGCGCAUUGAGAGGUUGUUUUGUUUCAUCUUGGUGUGUGAACGAUUCCCAGCAGCUCAAUAUUUUUUUCCUAGUAUAUAUUUAUAAUUUAAACUUCUCAAUUAAUCUAUUCGACAUCAAGUUAAUUCUUAAUAUAACUAGAGUCACCAUGCUGUAGUACUUCUUGAUGUUUACUUUAGGUCACAAUGAAGACAUCUUCCUCAAUGCUAGGUCACUGUAGUCACCUCCCUCACCACUCUUUAUCAUCAUGUUACCAGGUCAUAAGCAGCUCGCUCAUCCCUGCCCCCUGUGCUCUCUUGAAAUACGGGUGGUAACAAUGAUCUAAUGUGUUGAUAGAUUAUACUUACCCCCCUGUAUAUAUAUGUGUGUAUGUGUGUGUUUUAUUUAAUAUUUUCUCCGUACAUCACACACACACACACACACACACCAAUCAAUAUUCCCAUACCGGAGUGUUUAAGUCUUGAUUCACAGCCUCGACAAAACCACCUUCAGGGAAUCAAAUAAAUAAAUCCUGACACGA